AUGUAGGUCUUAUGUCAUUACUCUCUACCUUAAUUUUACAUUACUACAAAUAUCAUUUCAUUGGUUUAUAUUAGCAUGAAAAUAAAAAGGUAUAAUUACGAUCAUAAAAUUAGCUUAUCAACUGAUUGGCUAGCCUUAGUCUUAAAAAUCAUGUAAUUUCUACUUAGUUUGACACUUAUAGUGAUGAUUUUCAACAGACACAGAUUUUAAAUAAAAAAAUCUCACUCUAUAGGAUUAGCUAUCAGUUUUUGUGCUUUGUCGAUUAUUUUGACCAUACAAAACUUUGAUUACUAUUAUUUAAUGUUGAUUCUCUUUUAAAUAUUAUCCUUAUGUUUGCUAAUGUCAUUGUUAUUGUUAAAUAAGCACUAAAUUGGAUUUUUGGUAGUAUUCUAAAUAUAUAUGAUUGGAUUAAUAAUUGAUUUUCUCUCCUUUCACAUUUGGUAUUAAUUUACAUGAUAAUAAUAGGAUAUUUUAAGAUUAAUUCAGUUUGAAUAGAAGUAUUGCAGUCUUGGGAUCUGGUGCAUUUGGAUUGAUAACAUUAUUCUUAUGUCUGUUAUGUCACUUCAAACCUUAAGGGACGCUUAGGAAUGAAUUACAUAUAAUAGUAGGUUUCUACAUAUUUUGUGAAUUGUUCAUAUGCUGUAAUAUAAUAACUGAAAUUGUAAAUGUAACAAAACAAUAUUAAUAUUUUUAGAAUGUUUCCAACAUUUAUUUAAUAGAUCUAAUACUCUUAAAAAUUUCUAAUUUAUUUUUAGAUAUCCUUAUUUAUCCUUUUUCUAAAUUUCAUGCACCAAAAAUACAAUUUUCGAAAAAUAAAAUUUCAAAUGAAAUCACCUAGAACAACACUAGACAUUUAGAAUGUAAUGGUAUUACUACAAAAGAGAGUGAAUGCGAAUUAGAGAGUGCUCUUAAGGUUAAAUCUGAAUAACAUAUUGCAGUAUUCAAUUAAGAGCAAAAUACUUCAAAUAAGUGGAUUCAAUCUCUUUUGGAAAUUUAUUGAUUAAUUAAAAUCUCAUCGAUA